GUGUUGGAGGAUGAAAAAAGUCGAGAAAGCGGGGAGAGCUGCAGCUUUAGCUGGCGCCGCUGGAGGGAGAAAGGAGAAUAGACGAGUGUUACUCGUCGGAAAGUUUCUGAGUUGAGGACGCGACCGACUAGACUAGACCACAGCGAAAAGUUGGCGAAGGACAUCACCAGACUGACCAGACAUUGCGGUCGUUUUCAUCCUCCUAAACUUGGAAGAAGUAGGUGGUUUUAUUCUACAGAACGCUUGGAUAUCGGGCUGGACGCAAAGAAUUUGAGGAGUUGAAGCAAAGCGGAAUACGCGUACAUUCCAGCACCAGCAGUAUAGAGCCAUGGAUUCAGAUGCAUCACUUAACAUCACAAACUACUCGGUGCCUGAUGAAGCUGAUGAAAGGGAUGAGAGCAAGGGUGAAAGUAUCGCAAGUUUUCCCUCCAACGUGGAAGAAAAUAACGACACAAUAGAAUCUGCCACUGAUGCUUCGUCCUCAUCAGACUCUACAGCAGAGCAAAAUGAACAAACAAUUAACUGCAUUGAUCUCAUGGAGCGCAACGACUGCCCAGAACUAUUCAAGCUGUUUGUCGAAAAUGCCAAUGAUGACGCAGAGCUGAAUAUCUCUGCCUCCAAUUAUGCUGGGUCUUUGAGUUAUGAACAGUACAUAAGAGAGGUGACCAUUUCUGUCUUUUUCGCCAUGGGAUUUACCAAAAUCUCAUCUAUUCGCUUUGCUAAUUUGGAGACUGCUGUCAAUAUGGUGUCAGAUCAGCUUGAAGAUAUGCGAGUGGAGAAGAUGCCAUAUCAACUAUCUAUCGAAAAUGAUUUGACUGAUUCAAGCUCCAUAAAUGAGACCUAUGAGCAACCGUUUCUCAACUUCAUUUCAAGCUGCUUCCCUGAUGAUUCGAAUUGCAAGGAACAGGCUAAAUUCUUCCUGAAAUUCUGCAAGAAACUCUCCAAUUGUUUUGCUGCUCAAGCAAGAUACACUGGAAAUUUGAUUGCGCGAGCCGUUGUAAGGAAAAUCUUGGACACUCUUCAAGAACGUACAGAUGAAAGUCUGAGAUUAUCUGGCGGUGGAGAAAUCAAUGCCGAGACCAGAAAAGAACUGCGUCUCCUGUAUGACCAAGUCCCACCAUUCAUUCAGCACUUGGGCCUUGGUUCUCGGCAAGUAAUUCCUUAA